GGCUGAAGCUGCCACUGCUGCCGCCGCCAAGUAGGAGCGAGCGGAGCCACGAUAGAGACCAUGGCAAGCCCAGGGAAAGACAACUAUCGAAUGAAGAGCUAUAAGAACAAUGCCCUAAACCCUGAGGAAAUGAGACGAAGAAGAGAGGAAGAGGGCAUUCAGCUCCGGAAGCAGAAGCGGGAGCAACAACUUUUUAAACGGAGAAAUGUAGAACUAAUUAAUGAAGAGGCAGCCAUGUUUGAUAGUCUCCUUAUGGACUCCUAUGUGAGCUCUUCUACUGGGGAAAGUGUGAUAACAAGAGAGAUGGUGGAGAUGCUCUUUUCUGACGAUGCUGACCUACAGUUAGCAACUACACAGAAAUUUCGGAAACUGCUCUCUAAAGAGCCUAGUCCUCCAAUAGAUGAAGUUAUCAGCACUCCAGGAGUAGUGGAUCGAUUUGUGGAGUUUCUAAAGAGGAAUGAGAAUUGUACAUUACAGUUUGAAGCUGCCUGGGCACUAACAAACAUUGCUUCUGGAACCUCUCAACAAACCAAAAUUGUCAUUGAAGCAGGGGCUGUCCCCAUUUUUAUAGAGCUGCUUAACUCAGACUUCAAAGACGUACAAGAACAGGCAGUCUGGGCACUGGGAAACAUAGCUGGAGACAGCUCCAUUUGCCGAGAUUACGUCUUGAACUGUUCCAUCCUUAAUCCUUUGUUAACACUCCUUACCAAGUCCACACGACUGACAAUGACGAAUGCAGUCUGGGCCCUGUCAAACCUCUGCCGAGGGAAGAAUCCAACCCCUGAGUUUGCAAAGGUCUCCCCUUGUUUGCCUGUGCUAUCUCGCCUACUCUUCAGCAGUGACUCAGACUUGCUGGCAGAUGCUUGCUGGGCCCUUUCUUAUCUGUCUGAUGGCCCCAACGAGAAGAUCCAGGCAGUCAUAGACUCUGGAGUAUGCCGGAGAUUGGUGGAACUACUAAUGCACAAUGAUUACAAAGUGGCCUUUCCAGCCCUGAGAGCUGUGGGAAACAUCGUCACUGGGGAUGACAUCCAGACCCAGGUCAUUCUUAACUGCUCGGCUCUCCCUUGCCUCCUCCACUUGCUGAGCAGUCCCAAGGAGUCCGUCCGGAAGGAAGCAUGCUGGACCAUUUCAAAUAUUACUGCUGGCAACAGAGCUCAAAUACAGGCUGUCAUAGAUGCAAAUAUCUUCCCUGUGUUGAUUGAAAUCCUUCAGAAAGCAGAGUUCCAUACAAGGAAAGAAGCAGCAUGGGCCAUCACAAAUGCCACAUCAGGAGGAACCCCUGAGCAAAUCAGAUACCUGGUCUCACUGGGCUGCAUCAAACCCCUCUGUGACCUGCUGACUGUGAUGGAUUCAAAGAUAGUGCAAGUAGCCCUCAAUGGAUUGGAGAACAUUCUUCGGCUUGGCGAGCAAGAAGGCAAGCGCAGUGGCUCAGGGGUCAAUCCCUACUGUGGCCUCAUUGAGGAAGCCUACGGCUUGGAUAAAAUUGAGUUUCUCCAGAGCCAUGAGAAUCAAGAAAUCUACCAGAAGGCAUUUGACCUCAUUGAGCACUAUUUUGGUGUAGAAGAUGAUGAUAGCAGCUUGGCUCCCCAAGUGGAUGAAAUGCAGCAACAGUUCAUCUUCCAGCAGCCUGAGGCCCCCAUGGAGGGCUUCCAGCUAUAAUAUCUGCCUCCAGGGAGGGGAGGGGAUGGGAAGCACCACCAACCAGCAGAAAAGCAGCCCUCUGGUGGGCGGGAAGCCAGGCCCCCCACCACUGGCCACCACACACCUCUGCUGCCCUGGAAGACUGUGCUCUUCAACCUGCUCCACCCCCUUCCCUGGAGGGAGCGCCCUCUGGACAGACAGAACCAUCUGAGGCUUACUUUUGGGUUUUGUGACAAGAAGGGGACAUGUUGGGUUUUUCUUCCUUACACUAUAUUUUGGCUGCACACAUGUCUUUAACCCAGGAGCCCAGGGGUAGACAAAGGAGGACUGCGGUAAUCAAUUUUGCACCUUUUUUUUUUCUUUAGUGGUGACUGACUUCCUUUAUAUCUUCCUUCAUCCCAGUCCUCUGCCCUGAUCUGUGUAACUCUUAUCUUGGGUACUUGAGCAGAUGGAAUAUUCCAGAGGUGGGAGGGGCGGGAAGGGAGAGGAGAAAUCCAAAACAAAGUGUUCUUGCUCUGACAGAAUAAAAAAAAAAA